AUGCAUUCUCGUGAUCUGAAAGAGGUCUGCGGGCUCGAGACUUUUUGCUGCUGUGGCAGGGCGAAGAUGGCCUGCCCUGCUUUCCCCCAGACAGACCUCUUUCACCCACCACCACCAUCACCACCCUUCAUCCUGGACGCCUUUUCGUCCUACCGUGACAUUGGGCCUUCACAGGACGUAGAGCUCCAGGAACUACCACCCAAUCACCAGAGACCGACAGAGAGAGCGCAGGAAAGCAAAAGGGAACGCAAGCGGCGGGAGAAGCUCGAGCAGCUUCGCGAAGCCGACGAGAUGAAGUUCUCCCAUAGCUUGCAGUUCAAUGCGGUGCCCGACUGGAGCAACCACUACAUCGCAUAUAGUAACCUCAAGAAGCAAAUAUACAACCUCGAAACCCAGAUCAACCAGAAGCUCGCACAUCAUGACGCCGAAUCCUCCCCCCUCCUCAACGGGGAGGCCGACGAUCCGGACAAGACAUUCACAGCCACGCUUGAUGCCGAGUUGGACAGGGUCGUGUCUUUUUAUGGCGCAAAGGAGAAGGAGAUUUACAACGAGGUGGACGCUAUACUCAGGGAUGAAGAGGAAUACGAGGAGGGUCAAGCAGUGUACGAGCAAGAGCAGGACAAUGCGCCGCCUGGCAAAACGAGGCGCAGCGGGAGCGUCUUCAAGCAAAUCGGCUUCAAUCGACCACGGGCGAUGAGCGCCGUUAGCGGUACAUCUACAGUAGAAGAGGAUUCAGACGAAGAGGCAAACGAGACUUCACAGCUGCGCAAAGACAAAAGCCCAGACGGCAAGCAACGAAGACGGCGACGGACGACGGACGAGGAGGCACCCUCUUCAAACGACUGGCCGUCCUCAAGGCGGAAACCGAGCGUUGCUUUUGACGAUUACAACGAUAUGUCUUUUUCAGCGCUAUAUGAUGAGGGCGUCUCGCUGAAGAAGAGAGCCAUUAGCGUUUACGUGUUACUCUGUGAGCUGCGCUCGUUUAUUCAGUUGAACAAGACGGGUUUCGAAAAGGUCUUGAAAAAGUACGACAAGAUCUUGGACCGCAAGCUGAAGAAUGAAUACCUCAACAAACACGUCUACCCAGCCUAUCCGUUCCAGCAAAGCACAAUGGACCGUCUGACGCGUAAUCUCGAGCGCAUGGAAGCUGCUUACGCGCAAAUAUGCACAAAAGGCAACAUAGCCGAGGCCAAGCGCGAGUUGCGGCUACACCUGCGGGAGCACGUGGUGUGGGAGCGAAAUACCGUAUGGCGGGAGAUGAUUGGGAUUGAACGAAAAGCGCAAGCAGCCAACAUCGGCAUCACACAGACUUUGUUGGGUAAUGAGCGGACGGGUGGGAAGAUACGGCUUCAGGGGGAUGAGACCGAGGCAGACAUGAAGGAGGUGGAUACGCCGAUUGGGAAAUACCGCUGCCCACAAUGGCUGAUCAGUAAAACGUUUUGGAUGCUGGUUUGCUGUAUUGCCGUGUUUCUUGUGCUGCUCGUCGUUCCCAUCAUGGAGGCGCCAGAGCAGCAGAAUUGCUUGGCCAUGGUCGUCUUUGUCAGCAUGCUGUGGGCUACAGAGGCUAUCCCACUGUUCGUCACAUCGCUACUUGUCCCGUUUUUGGCUGUCACGCUCGAUGUGGUUCGAAGUGAUACAGAGCCACAUCAACGCCUCAAUUCAAAGCAGGCGGCCAGCUAUGUGUUUGCUGCCAUGUGGACGCCCGUCAUUAUGCUUUUGCUUGGAGGCUUCACUAUUGCUGCCGCUUUGUCAAAGUACAAUAUUGCCAAAAUGAUGGCUACCUUUGUACUGAGCAAGGCUGGAACGAAGCCAAGGACUGUUUUGCUGGUCAACAUGUUCGUCGCCAUGUUUGCUAGCAUGUGGAUCAGUAAUGUUGCAGCGCCUGUCCUCUGUUUCUCCAUCAUCCAGCCCAUCCUCCGUAACUUGCCCGGCGACUCGGACAUGACCAAAGCCCUUCUCCUCGGUAUCGCCCUCUCCUCCAACAUUGGCGGUGCUGCAUCCCCCAUCGCCUCGCCCCAAAACCUCAUUGCGCUCCAGAACAUGCACCCCGAACCCUCAUGGGGUGUCUGGUUCUUUGUCGCCCUUCCCGUCUGCAUCAUCUCCAUCCUCUGCAUCUGGGGCCUCCUCCUCGUCACCUUCCACCCGGGCAAAAACACAACCAUUGUCGCCAUCCGGCCGCUCAAGGACAAGUUCACCGGCGUCCAAUGGUUCAUCAGCAUCGUCACCAUCCUGACCAUUCUCCUGUGGUGCAUCAGCCACCAACUCGAGCACAUUUUCGGCGACAUGGGCGUCGUAGCCAUCAUCCCGCUCGUCCUCUUCUUCGGCACCGGCAUCCUCACCAAAGAAGACUUCAACAACUUCCUCUGGACCAUCAUCAUCCUCGCCGCCGGCGGCCUCGCUCUUGGCAAAUCCGUCAACUCUUCGGGCCUGCUGCACACGAUUGCAGAGUCCAUCACGGCCGGCGUCGAGGGCCUGAGCUUGUACAGCGUGCUGGUGGUUUUUGCGGCGCUCAUCUUGGUCGUGGCGACUUUUAUUAGUCAUACCGUGGCCGCACUGAUUGUGCUGCCGUUGGUGCAGCAGGUCGGACAGCAGAUGCCGGAGCCGCAUCCGAAUCUGCUGGUCAUGGGCGCGGUGUUGAUGGCGAGUGGGGCCAUGGGGUUGCCGACGAGUGGCUUUCCAAAUAUGACCGCCAUCAUGAUGGAGGAUUCUCGCACCGGACAGCGCUACCUCGAGGUCAAGCACUUUUUGACAAGAGGCAUUCCUGCGUCCAUUAUUACAUUUGCCGUUAUCGUUACGGUCGGGUACGGAUUGAUGCUUGCAGUAGGGUUUUGA